AUGGCACCUGUACAGAGAAUCGGACAUGAUGUAGCGAACUUCUGGGCCUACGAACUGGACAGCGAUACAAUUGAUCUCUGCCCUGUGCGACCACGAGUCGGCGAGAAGCCCACCCCAGGGGAAGAAGCCACGAAGGCGCUUCUUAACGCUGGAAUCCCAGCUGCUCGGCAUCACGAAAUACAAGUCAUUUGGCUCUGCUGGGGCUUGACAGAGGAUGAUUUGAGCAACAUGCCACCAGCAGCUAUUCGCGCCUUUAACUGCUACGAAAAUGGUUCAUCUGCGAGGAAUCAGAAUGAAGAGAAAGGUCUUCUCCCUUCAAACCCGAACAUGGUUCGAACCAAGAACCCCGCACUUUACAAAGGCCUCGGGAAUGACCUCGGUACUGUCAAACUAAACGAUAACGAGGGGGUGCCUGGCGGUCGAGUGCUGAUGAGAGGUUCCUGGAACGCCGCGCUUUACGACCCCUUCCACCUGCAAUACAAGGCCAGCCAGGCCAUCUCCCACGAGAACCCGCGAUCGAAGCCUGAUGUUCUAUUUCAUAAGAACCGCAUGUCUGGGCUGUGGGGAGCGGGAUCGGAAGUAGAGAGCUUCCUGCAAAAGAACGGGAUAACUACACUUCUCUUUGGAGGGGUCAAUACGGAUCAAUGUGUUGGAAGCACAUUGACGGAUGCUUUUAGCAAGGGCUACGAUUGUAUCUUGUUGCGGGAUGGAGUUGGAACGAGUACACCCUUUGGUGCGAGUGAAGUGUGGGAAUGGAAUGUCAUGAAUUCUUGGGGAUUUGUUUCAACUUGCGAAGCUUUGAACAAUGCUCCGACAUGUUAA